UAGCAAAAGCUGGAGAAUUUUGCAUAAUGUACAAUGAGCACAAAAUUGUCGCGGACACAGAAUUUUAUACAGGACUUCAAUGAAUACAAAUUAGACACGCUAUUUUGAAGCAUCUUUGGAAUAUUAAAAGGCUGGAUCUCAUUGCUUCGUAAUGAUGAGAAAUAUUUGGUUCUGUCCGCGGAGUGUGAUCUUGGAAUACUGGACAGCACUUGUUUUGUUCGUCUUUUGGAUUCAGUAUUCUCGUGGGAUGCCUCAUGUCAUUCGAAUCGGAGGAAUCUUUGAACUUAUUGAAAGUGCUGGAGGCCAGCUUGUAAGCGCAGAAGAGCAAGCCUUUAAAUUUGCUGUCAAUAGCAUUAACAGAAAUAGGACUCUGCUGCCAAAUACUACACUAACAUAUGAUAUACAAAGGAUGAAUAUUUACGAUAGUUUUGCUGCAUCAAGGAAAGCCUGUGAUCAGCUUUCUUUAGGUGUGGUUGCAAUAUUUGGACCAUCUCACAGUUCCUCCUCUAACGCAGUCCAAUCAAUUUGUAAUGCAUUAGAAGUGCCGCAUGUCCAAGUGAGAUGGAAACAUCAUCCGAUGGAUAACAGAGACACGUUUUAUGCUAACUUGUAUCCAGACUACUCCUCACUUAGUAUUGCCAUCCUAGACCUUGUUCAGUUUUUAAAAUGGAAGACCGCCACUGUAGUUUAUGAUGAUAGCAUGGGUCUUAUUAGACUACAGGAACUGAUAAUGGCACCCUCCAGGUACAAUAUUCGUUUAAAAAUCCGGCAGCUACCUCUGGACACAGAUGAUGCUAGGCCGCUACUGAAAGAAAUGAAGAGGAGUCGGGAAUUUCGGAUCAUUUUUGAUUGCACCCACAUAAUGGCAGCACAGAUUUUAAAACAGGCACUGGCCAUGGGAAUGAUGACUGAAUACUACCACUACAUCUUUACUACUUUGGACCUUUAUGCACUUGACUUAGAACCAUAUCGCUACUGUGGAGUUAAUGUAACUGGGUUCCGGAUUUUGAACACAGACAACCCGCACGUGGUUUCCGUGGUAGAAAAAUGGUCUAUGGAGCAACUCCAAGCAACACCAAAGCCAGAAUCGGGACUUAUAGAUGGAGUUAUGACGACAGAUGCUGCUCUGACCUAUGAUGCUGUUCAUAUAGUGUCUGUGUCGUAUCAACGAGCCCCCCAGAUGACUGUCAAUUCUUUGCAGUGUCACCGACACAAACCUUGGAGGCUUGGUGGUCGCUUUAUGAAUUUUAUCAAAGAGGCCCAAUGGGAAGGACUAACAGGCCGGUUGGUGUUCAACAAGACUAGUGGACUGCGGACUGAUUUUGAUUUGGACAUAAUAAGUUUAAAAGAAGAUGGGCUUGAAAAGGUUGGAACCUGGAAUCCAUCAGAUGGCCUUAACAUUACGGAGAUUCCACGAAACCGAGGGAUAAAUAUCACAGAUUCUCUUACGAACCGCUCACUUGUCAUCACCACCAUUUUGGAGGAGCCAUAUGUCAUGUUUAAGAAGUCUGACAAGGCGCUUGCUGGUAAUGACCGAUUUGAGGGGUUUUGUAUUGACCUUCUGAAGGAACUGGCAAAUAUCCUAGGAUUUAUGUACGAGAUUCGGCUGGUGCCUGAUGGAAAAUAUGGAGCACAGGAUGAGAAGGGACAAUGGAAUGGCAUGGUGAAAGAGCUCAUGGAACAUAAAGCUGACCUUGCUGUUGCACCACUUACUAUUUCUUAUAUUCGAGAAAAAGUGAUUGACUUUUCCAAGCCUUUCAUGACCCUGGGAAUAAGCAUUUUAUACAGAAAACCAAACGGUACCAAUUCUGGAGUCUUUUCAUUUAUGAAUCCGCUGUCACCAGACAUUUGGAUGUACGUUCUCCUUGCCUACCUGGGAGUUAGCUGUGUUCUUUUUGUGAUUGCAAGGUUCAGCCCUUAUGAGUGGUAUGAUGCACAUCCUUGUAACCCUGGUUCAGAUGUUGUGGAGAACAAUUUCACUCUGCUUAACAGCUUUUGGUUUGGUGUUGGAUCACUUAUGCAGCAAGGCUCUGAAUUAAUGCCCAAGGCACUCUCCACUAGAAUUAUUGGUGGAAUCUGGUGGUUCUUCACCCUGAUUAUUAUUUCUUCUUACACUGCCAACAUGGCUGCCUUCCUGACUGUGGAGCGAAUGGAGUCUCCAGUGGACUCAGCAGAUGACCUGGCCAAGCAAACUAAAAUUGAAUAUGGUGUUGUAAAGGACGGUGCUACUAUGACAUUUUUCAAGAAAUCAAAAAUCUCCACUUUUGAGAAGAUGUGGGCAUUUAUGAGCAGUAAACAAAACACUGCUCUCGUCAAAAAUAAUGAUGAAGGAAUCCAGCGUGUUCUCAGGGCUGAUUAUGCCUUUUUAAUGGAAUCUACAACUAUUGAAUAUGUCACUCAAAGAAACUGCAACCUGACCCAGAUAGGAGGCUUGAUAGACUCUAAAGGGUACGGGAUUGGAACCCCCAUGGGUUCUCCCUAUAGGGAUAAGAUCACUAUUGCAAUUCUUCAACUUCAAGAGGAGGGCAAGCUGCACAUGUUAAAAGAAAAGUGGUGGCGAGGAAGUGGAUGUCCUGACGAUGAAAACAAGGAAACGAGCGCACUUGGAAUACAGAAUAUUGGAGGCAUCUUUGUUGUGCUAGCAGCAGGACUUGUGCUUUCCGUAUUUGUAGCAAUAGGGGAGUUUGUGUACAAGCUGAGGAAAACAGCAGAACGUGAACAGAGAUCUUUCUGCAGUGCUAUGGCAGAUGAAAUAAGAUUAUCAUUUACUUGUGAGCGGAGAGUAAAACACAAACCUCAGCCCCCAGUUAUGGUAAAGACUGAUGCAGUAAUCAACAUGCACACUUUCAAUGACCGAAGACUUCCAGGAAAAGACAACAUGACAUGUAACACUGGGUUAACACCGGUGUUCCCUUGAAGUAAACAAAAAAAAAAGGCUUUUUAAUACUAUAAACGGAGAGAAAAAUACCUUUGGGGGUUUUGAACGACAAAAAUUAAUAACAGCAAAAUAAUCUCCAGUUAAUCACAGUGAUUUUCUAUGUUGUGGAAGAGAAACUUGUGGAGGAAAUUGUGCUUCUGACAGGAGGAUCAGAUAAUGUAUCGGUGCUCAGACCACCUGUGUUUGACUACUCUACAAAUAAUGAACAACAUAAAGUAGAACACAAAUGACUGGGGGAAAUGUGAGAGAAAAAAGACAGCAGGCUGCAAUGUGUUAAAUAGGAGUUUCUACAAAUUGCCAAGGCUGUGCACAUUUCAUUGAAGCUCAUACUGACCUUUUACCUCAACGUUGUGCAGACCUCCUGAUCAUGAUGUCUGAUUCAUCUCGUCUUAAACCAGAGGGAAAGAACAGAAUGGAAGUCACUCCCUGAUUAAACUAUACUUGGAUAGACAAGGAAUCAAAAUGAAUUGCUUGAACCAUGAACUCUGUAUUAUUUUCUACAAAUGCAGCAUUCAUAAAUCGUAACAGAUUCUGAAGUAAUGAUAAAAAAGCCAAUAGCCAACAUCUCCAGGUCCUGGUAGUACAGCAAGUUAGCCGCACCCCUGCCAGAGCCUAUCCUAUGCUCAAUCCUGUUUGCUCUGUCUGACAAGUGAAAGCACAAAUCAGACACUAUCAUACUGAGAAUGAAAAUCAGUUACUGGUAAUGUGUGUGAAAAUGUGGAAGACAUAUUUUUCCAUUCAAGCAAGAGGUAGUAACUCCUAAUUAAAGUCACAUAUUCAUACAUAAUGUCUGUUAUGUACUUUUAUUUUUUACAAAAGCAUAAAAAGACAUAUUUAAAAGUGAGACUGUAAAUUGUGCUCUGUCAAAACAUUUGCUUUUUUAUACACAUUUAGACAUCAACUAAUUUCAGUACAAGAUAAUUAAAUAAUUACCAAAGAUCUCUCUACAAGACAUAUACUUCUUUUGUUCUUUAUAUGCCAAUGUUUUGAAAUUGAUGCACACUUUGUAAGCUCUGGUCAUAGUCAGCACUGGUUGUCACAAUUAGAAGCACCCUGGCAGUUUGCAUUGCAUUGUUAUGAUGGUUGCACCAUUCAUUUACAAUAUAACUUUGCUUUUCAUUCAUAAUCACCCAUUUAUAAAAGCAGAAGCCAAACAUGUUUUUAGAGGAGAAAAUGCUAGAAAGUUGUUACGCUAGAUAUAUUUUAACAAUAUGUCUAAAGUUAUUUUAUUCAAAUACAAAAUGAGUAUUUGUGCUGAUUCUUUUAGAUACAAGUUAGAAACUGAUGUCAAAUUGGAGUGGAUACUGAUUAUGCAUAAGUGCUGUGCCUAAAUCAAUCAGAGCCUCUAGGCUCUGUCGACCUGAAUUUCAUGAACAAGAAUAAAAUGGGAAAACAUGCCCCAACUGAAGGUUAUAUUUUUUUUCCCUAUUACACAAAGACAAUAAUAUAAAUAUAUUUUGACAGGAGCUACUUAUAUAUUUGUGUCUGUGAUUUUUAAGCACUGUUUGGAAAUUCAUAUAUACUGUAUGUUGAACAGUACAACAUAGGAAUACAAAUAUUUACUAAGAAAGAACUAUACUUUCAUGCAAAACAUAAAAUUUGUAUCCAUCUAUUUCCUGGCUCUGCUUUUUCUAUGGGGAGCUACGAAAAACCAUGCACAUACCCGUACUCAUUGACACAGUUUCCUGUGGAAAAUCCAUGCAAACAUGUAGACAAUUGACAGACAACGCACAGACAGUGACAACGCUUGUAACUGAGCCCUAGUGCCCAAACCAACAACUGGCACAUACCCAUACUCAUUGACACAGUUUCCUGUGGAAAAUCCAUGCAAACAUGGUGACAAUUGACAGAUGCCGCACAAACAGUGAGAACACUUGUAACUGAGCCCUAGUGCCCAAACCAACAACAACAACAAAAACAAGUUUGCACCAACAUGCUGCACUACACCAGGUUUUGUGUUCCAGCAUUGCAAUUAUAUAUAUGCAUACAUUAAUGAUUAGUAACCAAUAAAGGUUACAUUUCAUAAUAAUAAUAAGUUUACUAAAACUGGCCACAAUUCAUAACGUGGACAACAAAACUAUUUCAAAAAUUAUAGUGGAGAAGAAAAAAAAAAACCCAUAAAAACUAGAAAAAAAAUACUGCAGUUAAUGUUGCCUAAAAGUAGUGCCAAAAAUUACACCUGUACUCAGAAAAUUAAUCUAUCCUUGAAACUUUAAUUUCCUAUUAGAUGCACUUCCUAAAAAGCGUGCAUGUUACAUUUUGCCUAUAAAUUUACUUGAAUUUGUGCUUUAUUGAUAUAUUCAUCAAGGCAGUUAAAUCCAUACAUGCAUAAAUCUUCCAAACCUGCUUAUCUAGAGCAAUUGUUAUGAGGAAGCUGGAGUCGAACCCAGCAAGCAUCAGGUGUAAGGCAGGAACAAACCCAGGAUCAGGACACCAGAGCAGUUAUAUAUACUUUUCAACUAAACAUACUUUUCAACCUUGAACAUACACCACUCCAGAUAAAACUUGUAAGAUUUAAUACUGUUCUGUAAGUGUAAUCUUUUAGUUGCAAAUAUGUACAGAUAUAUACCCUUUAAUACCAUGAAUUCAAAAUUAAUAUAAGAUAUAAAGGUGGAAUCCCUUUGUAACGAAAUUCAUGGGAUCAUAAAAAUAUUUCAUUGUAAUGGAAAUUUCUUUAUAAUGAAAUAGCUGUGUAAGCCCAUGCUGUAAAACGCCCAGGGUCCUGGAAACUAUUAAAAUCGUCAGAAAAAACCUGAAAUGUAGAGAUGUCAGGUAAUUGAAAAGGACUACUC